AUGUGCAACUCGACCCGACUCGAAGGUUGGGUACGGGUACAAAUUUCAACUUCAUGGAAGAGUAGUAGUAAUCCUGGUGAUAUUAGUUCUUAUUUAACAACUCGUCGUCAACCACGAAGAUAUCGACAAGUAAUUCGUUUGCCCGAUCCUGAGCCAAUCUAUAGGACAAUUCGUCGUCGAAUGCCCACUCCUGAACGACAAAUAGUUAAUAAAACAAUAUAUCAAAAACAAAAUGGUGAUAUUGUAGAACGUGUUCAAGCACCGAGGAAAAAAACAAAAGAUAAUCGAUUUAAUCAAAAUAGUGACUAA